AUGGCGUUUGGAGAGUCGGUCCACGACGUCGUUCGAGACGCCCCCUUGGGACAGCUUGUACGCUUCUUCACCAACAAUCGCUUUUUCAAAUACCCAGAAGAAGAGCCAGACUUCAAGCUUCCUGAGACAUGGGUCCGUAUGAUGGGAGAUGCACAGCCCGACAGGAUACCUGAUACAGCCUCAUCCUCGACCCUCUCCAACGAGCAAGAGAGGAUAGAGGAGCACGUCAGCAACGCGGCCGACCGAGAUCUCGAGAAGGAGUUUUCUCAAGAAAAAUCUACCCGUUUAGCACCCAAGACAACCGCGGACGGCACCAUCUUGGUUGAAUGGUACAGCGAAAAAGAUACCGCCAACCCACACAACUGGUCCAACUCACGCCGUGGAUUCGUCGCCUUUCUCAUCUGCUUCUACACAUCCGUCGUCUACCUAAGUUCAGCAAUCUACUCGUCAUCAACCGAAGGCGUCAUGAAAAAGUUUGGCGUCAGCAAUCUGGAAGCAACUCUCGGCCUCGCCAUGUACGUGCUAGGCUACGGCGUCGGCCCACUGCUCUUUUCACCUCUCAGCGAGAUCCCUCGCAUCGGUCGCAACCCCAUCUACAUCACCACUUAUGCCCUGUUUGUUAUCCUUUCUAUUCCAACAGCCCUCGUGGGUAACUUUCCAGGCCUCAUUGUCUUGCGCUUCUUGCAGGGGUUCUUUGGGUCACCUUGCUUAGCCGCCGGUGGUGCUUCGAUGAGCGACUUGUACAGCUUGGUGAAUUUGCCUUUUGCAAUGAUUGCCUGGGUUGGCGCCAUGUCCUGUGGACCCUCUCUCGGUCCUCUCCUCAGUGGAUUCGCCGUAACAGCGAAAAACUGGCGUUGGUCUCUAUACGAGUCCAUCUGGAUAUCUGCACCGUUGCUUAUCGCUCUCUUCAUCUUCCUGCCUGAAACGAGUACCCCGAAUAUCCUCCUACGCCGCGCCCAACGCCUACGCAAGCUCACCGGCAACCAAAAGUUAAUGUCCCAGAGCGAGAUUGACCAAGCUCACUUGACAGUAUCGGGCAUUGCUAUAGAUGCCUUGAUCAAGCCGUUGGAAAUCACCAUCAAAGACCCAGCCGUUUUGUUUGUCCAGGUCUACUCGGCUAUCGUCUAUGGCAUAUACUAUUCCUUCUUUGAGGUGUUUCCACUCGUUUAUCCUGUCUACUACGGAAUGAACCUGGGCGAAGUUGGUCUCGUCUUCAUCUGCAUCGCCAUUGGAUGCAUCAUCGCCAUCAUUGGUUAUGGCGCAUACCUAUACUUUAUGGUCACGCCGCGGAUAAAGAAGUUCGGCAUGGGUCCACAGGAGAAUGUUCUCGUGGCCGGCUUACCUACAUCAUUCGGUACUACCAUCGGCCUGUUCAUAUUCGCUUGGACAGCCCGGGCUUCUAUCCACUGGAUCCUUCCAACCAUAGGCAUCACCAUCUACGCUGGCUCGAUCUACACUGUGCUGCAGUGUAUGUUCAUGUAUAUCCCGCUCAGCUACCCUCAGUAUGCCGCCUCUUUAUUCGCAGCCAACGACUUGUUCCGCAGUGCCUUUGCUAGCGGCAGUAUUCUCUUCGCGCACCCGCUAUAUGCGAAUCUUGGGGUCGCUAGGGGCACGAGUGUCCUCGGUGGUUUGAGCGCUACUGGUAUCAUAGGGAUGAUCCUGUUGUACAUUUACGGUGCCAAACUCCGAGCUCUCAGCACGUUCGCCACUUAA